UAGUGUUCUAUAAUAUUCUUAUCUCCCCAAUAUGUCGAUUAAACCAUUUAACAUUCCCGUGAGACCUUUCCGUGGUAUCUAGAGUUUCAGAUAAUCGCUAAAUUAUCCGAUUGAUUUCACUUGUUGCUGCAAUUUGCCGCACUAUAAAAUCGAAAUCCAUGAGGAACUCAAGGAAAAGAUCGCAAGACGAAGACUCGUCCUCUUCAUCAUCGUCUAAACUCGAUCGACACAAAAAACCCCAUCACCACCGAUAUCCCGAUUUUAAUUUUGGGGACUCCUACAAUCAAUUCACCCCGCAUCUCGAUCCCGGCCACCGUGUAUUUGGUAAGCGAUCUAAUUCCGCUCCGUAUCAUUAAGCACCUUCUGUAGCCCCAAAGUUGAAAAUUUUAUGUGAAAUUGUCGCUAAAACCCCUGCUACGGCUGUGGAGAGUGUGCUAGAAGAAUCUGGUGUUAGGCUUUCUCCGGAAGAUGUGGCGAAGGUGCUUAAAUUGAGUUACGAUUUCCCUGGAUCAGCCGUGAAAUUUUUCCGGUGGGCGAGUUUACAGUUGAAUGAAAGGCAUAGUGCUCAAGCGUGGGAUUUGAUUGUUGAUUUGUUGGGGAGGAAUUGCUUGUUUGAGGCAAUGUGAGAUGCAAUUAAGUCCAUGAGGAAAGAAUUUUUGCUCUCCAUGGCUACUUUUAAGUCAGUAUUUGAUAAUUAUGUCGUUUCUGAUCGCGUGCACGAUGCUAUUACGAGUUUUGUGGUCAUGGAUCAAUAUGGCAUCCCACGUGAUGUUGCAGCAUUGAACUGCUUGCUGUAUGCAAUCUGCAGUCAUGGAAAAACUCAACCGGCUGAGAAUUAUUUUCGGAUCGUUAAGGAGAGGGUCAGGGUUGAUGCUGAGAGGGAAAGGGAAGUGGGCAGAGCGCAGGUUACUUUGUCGGAAAUGGUGAGUGAUAUUGGAUGGGAUAAGAGGAAUGCGCGUGCUUAUGAUUCGUUCCUGUGUACUCUGAUUGAGGGUCCUGAUGGAAUGCGAGAAGCGAUGGAAGGAUUUUAGUGCGAUGAC